GUUUUCGCUAUCAUGUUUCAUGAGAAACGCCGCCCUGACGCAGUACCUGACACAGAGAACAAUCUUUACUCAACUCGCUCUUACAAGGAGAAGAUUUCUUAGUUUUGUCGUAGCCCAGCACGAGCUAGCUUUGGACAGCCGUAUUGAGUUAGAGUCGAAGUUGCAAAGACUUUGAAACUGGGCAAACUCAGAACAUUUCGGAUUAUUGACCAUGGUAUUUCACUUCUCGAAAACGUCAGAGCAGAUGGGCGAGGAACGGUAUCGCCUCGUCGUGCUCGGCUCAGCAAAAGUUGGCAAAACGAAUUUGAUAAGAAGAUACCUGUACAAUGAAUUCUCAGAGAAGUACAAAGAAACCAUUGAGGAUCUGCAUUCUAGGCAGUUUCGCAUUCAGGGUGUACCGCUUCCACUCGACAUCCUCGACACUAAUGUCAACUUCCCGGAUAUGAGGAGAAUAUCAAUCGCGUCAGCUAGCGCUUUCCUUCUGGUGUUCGCAGUAGAUGACGUACCAAGUUUCAAGGAGAUGUCUGACUUGUGGCAAGAAAUUUGCGAACGUCGCCCGGAUAUAAGUAGCGUACCAAUUGUCGUGGCUGGAAAUAAAUGUGAUCUUCCUAGCAAAAAGAUUUUCGAAGCCACCGCAAGGGCCUUCACCAGCAGACUUAGCGCAGACGUUCGCUAUCUGGAAGUAUCUGCAAAAUGUAAUCUAAGGGUUACUGAGAUCUUUCGAACUCUGCUCGAACUGAGCGGAUUCCCUCGCUGCAAGGCUGGAGGUGGGGCCCUGGAAGAUCCUACAACCGGACAACCUCCAAACGGUCAGGAAAGGGAUUCGCCAUUUCGGCGAGUAAACACAGCACGUGCUCGACCGCUAGAAAGGAACGGAAUGCCACCGCCCAUGGACAAACAACAAACGCUUCCCAUUCUGGCUAUACCGAUGAAUAUAGGAGAUCUUAAAAGAAAUCGAUCACUCCGUAUAAAAACACCGAAGGAAAAGGAGAAGGAACAACUCGAUAGACGACCAUCAGACGAGUGCAAACUUAGCCGUAGCGCCAGUCUUAUCAAGAGGACGAAGCAUCUCUCAUUAAGAAUGCGUCGACAUGGUGACAAAGUUGGAGACGACGAGGUAGUCGAUGAAAGCGACUGCAAGAUACAAUAAUCUGAAACUAACUUAAUGCACAAUUUUUCUCAUCUGUUGCUUAAGCAGCAAGGCACAAUGUAAAUAUUAUAAUGCAUAAGAAAAUCCAGAAAGUUUGGUAAAUGCUGCUCUUGUACCGUAACUAUUGGCUUUCUAUUCUUGGAUCUCUUUAACUUUUUUUUCUAAUGUCUUCCACUCUGAGUUUCAGGUCAUUCAGAGAUUCUGCAUAAUUGAACAAUUCUAUGAAGAAUUUUUCGAUCUUUUGUGCAACUCCCACUAUUUUGCUUGAUCAUGCUUACCAUAUCUAUUGCUGCUAGAGCGAUAUUGAUGACGUAAAUGCUUAGAUUUCAUAUGUUAGAAUUGCAUCAUGCCAGCACUGCUGAUCUCUAGUCCAUAUCUCGGCUUUCCGCAU